AUGGUAGUAGAAGCAGCCCGGGAUCCUGGCGCCUGCUCCUCUCGCUUCUGCUCCUCGCAGCCUGGGAGGCCGGGAGCGGCCAGGUCCAACUCAGUCCCCGAGGAGGCCAAACACGGCACCUUCGUGGGCCGCAUCACCCAGGACCUGGGGCUGGAGCUGGCGGAGUUGGUGCCGCGUCUGUUCCGGAUGGCAUCCAAGGGCCGUAGGGACCUUCUGGAGGUAAAUCUGCAGAAUGGCAUUUUGUUUGUGAAUUCUCGGAUCGACCGGGAGGAUCUAUGCGGGCGGAGCGCGGAGUGCAGCAUCCACCUGGAGGUGAUCGUGGACAGGCCGCUGCAGGUGUUUCAUGUGGAGGUGGAGGUGAAGGACAUUAACGACAACCCGCCAAGGUUCUUGCAACAAGAACAAACACUAUUUAUUUUAGAGUCAAGAAGAGCGGAUUCCCGGUUUCCUUUAGAGGGCGCAUCUGACAUGGAUAUGGGAAGAAACGCAGAAUUGAGAUACAAGUUACAAGCUAAUGAAUAUUUUGACUUGGAUGUUAAAACAAAUGAAGAGGAAACAAACAUUUUAGAGCUAGUUUUGAAGAAACCAGUAGAUAGGGAAGAAACGCAAGAACAUCGUUUAUUGCUGAUUGCAAUUGAUGGAGGAAAACCUGAACUAACAGGUACAGUUCAGUUAUUGAUCAAUGUAUUGGAUGCAAAUGAUAAUGCCCCGGAAUUUGAUAAAUCAGUUUAUAAGGUCAGAUUACUGGAAAAUGCACCGAAUGGGACAUUAGUUAUUAAACUGAAUGCCUCAGAUGCAGAUGAGGGCACUAAUAAGGAAAUAGUGUACCUCUUUAGUAAUCUUGUUAUUGACAACAUAAAAUCUAAAUUUGCGAUCAAUGCUAAUAGUGGGGAAGUAACAGUUAAGGGAAAACUGGAUUACGAAGACUGUAAUUCAUAUGAAAUUAAUAUUGAUGCUGUUGAUAAAAGUUCAUUCCCAUUAACUGGACACUGCAAAGUAAUAGUGAAACUCCUGGAUGAGAAUGAUAACACCCCAGAGAUAGUCAUAACCUCCCUAUCUCUGCCUGUGCAAGAGGACGCCCCACUUGGCACCGUCAUCGCCCUGAUCAGUCUGUCAGACCAAGACUCCGGUGCCAAUGGGCAGGUGACCUGCACCCUGACGCCUCAUGUCCCGUUCAAGCUGGUGUCCACCUUCAAAAAUUACUAUUCAUUGGUUCUGGACAGCUCCUUGGAUCGCGAGAGCGUGGCGAACUAUGUGGUGGUGGUGACAGCGAGAGACGGGGGCUCGCCCUCGCUGUCAGCCACGACCAGCAUGUCCAUGGAGGUGGCCGACGUGAACGAUAACGCGCCCGCGUUCGCGCAGCCCGAGGUCACGGUGUUCGUGAAGGAGAACAACCCGCCCGGCUGCCACAUCUUCACGGUGUCGGCGCGGGACGCGGACGCGCACGAGAACGCGCUGGUGUCCUACUCGCUGGUGGAGCGGCGGGUGGGCGAGCGAGCGCUGUCGAGCUACGUGUCGGUGCACGCGGAGAGCGGCAAGGUGUACGCGCUGCAGCCGCUGGACCACGAGGAGCUGGAGCUGCUGCAGUUCCAGGUGAGCGCGCGCGACGCGGGCGUGCCGCCUCUGGGCAGCAACGUGACGCUGCAGGUGUUCGUGCUGGACGAGAACGACAACGCGCCCGCGCUGCUGCCUCCAGGGCCGGGCGGCGCGGCGGGCGCGCUGAGCCAGCUGGUGGCGCGGUCUGUGGGCGCGGGCCACGUGGUGGCGAAGGUGCGCGCGGUGGACGCGGACUCGGGCUACAACGCGUGGCUGUCGUACGAGCUGCAGCCGGCGGCGGGGGGCGCGCGCAGCCCGUUCCGCGUGGGGCUGUACACGGGCGAGAUCAGCACGACGCGCGCCCUGGACGAGGCGGACGCGCCGCGCCAGCGCCUGCUGGUGCUGGUGAAGGACCACGGCGAGCCGGCGCUGACGGCCACGGCCACCGUGCUGCUGUCGCUGGAGGACAGCGGCCAGGCGCCCAAGGCCUCCUCGCGGGCUUCGACGGGCGCCGCUGGCGCGGAGACGGCGUUCGUGGAUGUGAACGUGUACCUGAUCAUCGCCGUCUGCGCGGUGUCCAGCCUGUUGGUGCUCACGCUGCUGCUGUACACGGCGCUGCGGUGCUCGGCGCCGCCCAGCGAGGGCACUUGCGGGCCCGGGAAGCCCAGGCUGGUGUGCUCCAGCGCGGUGGGGAGCUUGUCUUACUCUCAGCAGAGGCGGCAGAGGGUGUGCUCUGGGGAGGGGCCGCCCAAGACCGACCUCAUGGCCUUCAGCCCGAGCUUGCCUCAGGGUCCCAUCGCUACGGACACCUUAACAUUAGCUGUUAUUCAAGUCCAUUCCUCCUAUUACUGCAUCCUUCCACGAGUGUUAAUGAUGGCGGGCGCAGAAGAAAUGGAUUAA